UGGAGGCGGGGAGGGAAACCCAUGACUUCCGUAUUUUUUUCCUCUAUCUGAAAGCGUGCUCUGGAGAGGCCCUAUAAAUGACCCUGUCAUGGUGCUCGGAGCCGCCACACUCUCCCAAACAGCAGGAUUGAGCUGAGGUGAUAAACAGAGCGGACUAAACUCCCAGGAGGUAACUGACCCAUCAGCUGGAGGACUGUCUUUAACUUCUUCUUCUUUUUUUUUUUUUACUUCUUUUUUGUUUUUACAAUUCGCAUCUUUUGAGCGUUUCGCGCCGCAAGACAAUCUCGACAGCCGCAGACAGACCAAUGGAGCAAAGCAGCAACCAAGCGGACGUGGAGUCGCUCCAGAAAAGCGUCGGACGGCGUCGGAGCUUCGUGGAUUUCUUCCUCGGCAUGUCCGUCGUGAUUCUGUUCGUGGCGGUGACGGCUCUGGCUGUCGGCGGGCUGCUGGUGGUGAAGGAGCUGCGCUCCGAGCUGCGUGACCCCGCAUCUGGAAGCGCCCGCUUGGUGGACAGUGGGUCCGCCUCUCCAGGUUACAAGAUGCACAAUUUUGCGUACUUGAAAGCCGCAGAGAAUAAACUAGACAACACUACAAUGUCUUGGAAAGUCGCCCAGUCCGCUCUAGGGCCAUCAGUUGGGAGCAACUUCCAGUACGACCCAUCGAAGCGAUCCCUGACGCCAUCGAAGACGGGGAUCUACUUCAUGUACAUCCAGGUCACUGUCCACUGCACCCACAAAUGCCAAGCAGGCACCCUCAAGCUGGAGGUGGCCGACAAGCUAACCUGCCAUGUGGAGCUUACGGACGACAUGGAGAAAACGUCUGUGAGUAAAAAGUGCUGGACGGUGACCCCGCUGGACAGCCAAGACCUGAUCGCUCAGAUGACUGUACCGAAGGAGACACAGGAGAACUGGAGUUUGGACCACGACAGAUCGGGCCUCGGGUUGUUCCUCGUAGAGUGACGAUCUGCAGCCGCGGAUGUCCGGAAGAGAACGGGACCCUGACCCUGUGGGUGGGGGCGUCGUAACACAAACGUGAACACCAGUGAGUUCUGUGUCUAAGCUCAGGAAGGUGGAAACGUGCCGGUGCCGGUACCAGUCAAGAGUUGAGGUGGGAUGUUUUGUUUUUGUAUUGUUGUCUUUUUUUUUUGCACUGAAGAUUUAAAACCAAAGAGUCUCUGCAAGGACUUUAAAGAAAUCUCAGGAGAACCAUCACUCACCUGUAAAAUCCCCCUCCUCCCAGAAAAAAGUCGGUUUUCUUGCUGUGUAUUUAUUUUAAGUUUUAUUUAUGUAUCUAUAUUUAUAACGCUGCGGGAAUGUAUUUCUGCUGUAGAUGCCACUACAUUUGUGUUGAUGUGCAAUGCAUUGUUACCGCACUGAUUUGGUUCAGUUUUGAACUCGGGGAGCUGGAUGUUGUUUCAUAAAAAAGGGCAACACGUUGUCAAGGAGACAAAGUUCUGCAAUCGCGACUAGCGAUUGCGGACGAGACGCAUUCCAUGUGGAAACUCGCGAGCCGGGAAAACGUUCCGCCUGUGAGAAAAAUGUAAGUCCUGUGGACAAAACUAUUCAAACGUGAAUGUAUGUUGUUGUGAUCCAUGUCAAACAUGGAUAUAAUGUUGUUAACUUUAUUGCAAUAAUGAAUAAAUAAAUAAAAAUUAAAACGUAAAGUCA